GGCCGGCCCCGGCCGCUCUGGGCUGGAGGAGGCGGGAGCGCCCGAGUUCCGGGAACAGGGGCGCCCUGGAACCGGGAACCCCCGGGAAAGUCGAGGCAGAUGAAACCAGAUCCCCCAGUGCUCUCUCUCGCACGGCCCCGGGGGAGACAAAGGCGUCGUUGAAGCGCAGCCAAGGGGGGUCCGCACCCUUAGCUGGAUUCGAGUCUCUGGUGCAUGACCGGCUUCCGGGCACGCACAGCUGAGACAUUGUUCCCCGCGGCCUGGGGACCCGGGGCCGCAGUUUCCUUCUCGGACAGGCCAGAGCCUGUCCUGCGGGAAAGCCCGGAGCCUGGGGCGCUCACCUCUCCUCUUGGAGUCCCUCUCUGGGGGACUCCCCCAGCCCUGAGGGAAAGACUGGGGAGCGCCUGGCCUGAUAAGGAGGGUUCCUGCCCCCAGGUAAACAGUGUCUUUCCCCAACUCGGCCUCUGCCAGGACCAAUGCCAGGUGGACAGCCAGUGUCCUGGCCGGAUGAAAUGCUGCCGCAAUGGCUGUGGGAAGGUGUCCUGUGUCACUCCCAAUUUCUGAGCUCCGGCCACCACCAGACUGAGCAGUGGGGAGGGAAAGUUUCUGCCUGGCCCUGUAUCUGGUUCCAGCCCACCUGCCCUCCCCCUUUUUUGGCCUCUGUAUUCCCUCCUGGGCUGACCACAGUUUCUCCCUUUUCCAACCAAUAAAGUAACCACUUUCAGCA